AUGCUUCUUCUUGGCUAUCAUUUCUGGGGUUGGAGAUUCUUCAAAAGAGGGCUGUAUGAAGCCAAGGCAAGGCAUGGCUUCUGUGGCAUCCCAAUCACAGACAAAGGCAAGAUGGGAAGCCGCCUGGUGGUGGGAAUCAUCUCCUCUCGUGACAUUGACUUUCUUAAGGAGAAGGAACAUGACCAUUUUCUGGGUGAGAUCAUGAGUAGGCUGGAGGAUCUAGUGGUGGCUCCUGCAGGAGUCACACUAAAGGAAGCCAAUGAAAUCUUGCAGCAGAGCAAGAAAAGGAAGCUCCCCAUUGUGAAUGAGUAUGAUGAGCUAGUAGCCAUCAUUGCCCAUACAGACCUGAAGAAGAAUUGGGACUACCUCCUGACAUCAAAGGACACCAAGAAGCAGCUUCUAUGUGGGGCAGCCAUUGGCACCCAUGAGGACAACAAGUAUCGGCUUGACUUGCUGGCCCAGGCUGGUGUCGAUGUGGUUGUGAUAGACUCUUCUCAAGGACACUCCAUUUUCCAAAUUAACAUGAUCAAGUACAUCAAGGAAAAAUACAACAACCUCCAGGUUGUCAGUGGCAGUGUGGUGACAGCUGCACAGGCAAAAAAUGUCAUUGAUGCCAGAGUGGAUGCCUUGAGGAUUGGCAUGGACAGCAGCUCCAUCUGCAUUACACAGGAAGUACUGGCAUGUGGGCGGCCUCGGGCAACAGCUGUCUACAAGGUCUCAGAAUAUGUGGUAUUCGGUGUCCCUGUCAUUGCUGAUGGUGGCAUCCAAAACAUGGUUCACAUUGCCAAAGCACUUGCCCUUGGAGCUUCCACAGUGAUGAUGGGCUCUCCAUUUGCAGCCACCACAGAGGCCCCAGGCAAGUACUUCUUCCCUGAUGGGAUUCAGCUAAAGAAAUACUGGGCGAUGGGCUCCCUCAAUGCCAUGGACAAGAACCUCGGCAGCCGGAACCGUUACUUCAGUGAAGCAGACAAAUGCAAGGUGGCUCAAGGGGUGUCUGCCAUGCAGGACAAAGGGUCCAUCCACAAAUUUGUUUCCUACUUGAUUGCUGGCAUCCAGCAGUCCUGCCAAGAUAUUGGUGCCAAGGGGGCAGCUAGUCUAACACAAGUCAGAGCCAUGAUGUACUCAGGGGAGCUGAAAUUUGAGAAGACAUUGUCCAUUCAGGUGGAAAGUGAUGUCCAUGGACUCCAUUCAUAUGAGAAGUGGCUCUUCUGA